AUGGCGGAGCAGGACUAUGUAAUUGACUCCGACGUCGAGAAUGCUUGCGGGGAAACCAGCGACUACUGGCACGCCGAGACUCAUCUGCUACGCAAAGCCAUCUUGCAUGCGCGCGAGCUUCUCUUCCACGGCAACACCGAAAUCCAUUUUCAGUGCACGAUUGAGAAGAAUGGUGCCUUGGAGACGCUGAAGCUGUUGUGCGCUCAAGCCGAAUCUCCUGCCAAGCACGAGUGUUUGAUGGACUUGCAUCUCGAACACUCGGCCCAGAGCCGUGAGUAUGGACAACUGCUGGCAGCCGGAACUGGAGCCACGGGACCCCUUUACGCCUUCGUCUGUCUGGAACAAGAAGGCGCGGUCACAGGUAGGCGUCGUGGCAAGCAGCACCUCAUCGAAUUCUUCAAUGAUAACCUGAUCGCCUGGAUCAACGCCGCCGGCACGCGAGAGCGCAUUCGCGUACUAAGAGUCAGUCUGGUAUGUCUCACGCACUGA